AUGAAUAUUAAAUAAUUGUUUGAACUUUAAGAAUAAGAUGCUGACAAAUUGCCAUUGUUAUUACAAACAAUAUCACAUUCCAAGAAUGAGGAACACAUCCGUAAAGCAAUAAAUAUAAUUCAAUAAUUCAACCAGACGUUCAAUCCUGUAAUCAAAAUUAUCUAAAUUUAAGAAUCAAUAACUCAGUAUUAUUGACUUUAUCAACGAAAUCAAAAAGGAAUAAGAUAUCGCCAUAGACAUCAAAUUGAUAUCCACAUUGCUUCACAUCAUUGAUAUUAACUGGAUGCAGAAUUGUACAAAAGUAUUUUAUUUUAAAUAUACUCAAAAAAAUAGCUUUUCAAUUUAUUCCUAACGUACACAGUCUCAGAAAACUCAAUCGUCCAAUAAUCUGCUAUCUAGGGAAUCCUCUUGAUCGUCUCACUCAUACAAGGAGAUUAAUUAUUAGAGUAUUUAGAAAUUUUCUUUUUAAUCCUCCAAGAUAAAAAUUAAACAAAAAUCAACAGCAACCUCAACACCAUCCUUUGUAAUUGAUUUUGUAAUUUAGGCAAGGAUAUCUUCAUUAUUCUGCUGAAAAAUGGUAGAACAUACAAGAAUUAGGAAUUCUACUCAUCCAAACUAUAUAAUUAUUUAUUAUCCUUAGACAUAUCGAUGCAAUCAAAUCAAUUAUCAAGUAACAACUGCUAAUAAAUUUAGAAAUUAACUCUGUUUUUGUGAUAUCAACAUACAUCCUCAUGAUGGAAGACCACAUAUAAUUACUAGACUAAAUAAUCAAUUUAUAUGCAAAAUCACAAUAAAAGGAUAUUAUAAAAAUUGCUAUUCAUGAUGCUUUAUUGUACCUAUAUCAAAAUGAGUCUAUCAUUACAAAAUUGUUCACAUAGAAAAUAAAAAACAGUUCAAAUAGUAACCAUUUAAUUGUCAUUUUAGGCUAUCACGAAUAAAUAUUUAAAACUUUUUAUAAUAGCACCAUGCUGCACAUAUAAGAAUAUGAAUAAAUUCAAUCCUAAAAAUCAAGCAGUUUGAUUGUGAAUUUCAGCGUUAAAUAUUUAGAAUUUAUUAAUACUGUUGUAUUUAAUAAAUAUAUAUAGCAAUUAAGUAAAUACUGAUUGUUAUUAAUUUAGCCUCUCUAAUUAACGUUAACAUACAAUUCUUGAUUACCUAAGAUUAUGAUAAAAAUUACGUGUAAAUAUGUAGACCUAUGUUUAAACUAUUGAAGUAGAUCUUAUAAAUAUCAACUCAUCAACAAUGUGUGGAGCUGAAUGAGUAAUUAUAUAAGUGGAUUUAAUAAUCUAAAAAGGGCCAAGAGUUGAUGAUCAAAUUUUUGUCCUAAAUUUCAGUACCUGAUUUGAAUUCUAUUAAUGCAAGAAAAGAAAUCAACAACAAUUGGAUAAUUAGUUAUAACAUCUUGUGUGAAUGUAUCAAACAUUAUAUGAGUGAAUUUUCGCCUAAAAUAUGGAAUUAGAUUUUCUAAACUAUGUAAAGGAUUGAAAUGAUCAACUUUUCAAAAGAUGAAAUAAUGAAAUUCUUUAUCAAUUCCUCUGAAUAUGAUGAUUAGACAUUGAUCAAAAUUAUGGAUGGUUUAAACUAACUUGCUUUAUAAAUAGUUGAAAAAGUUUAGAUAAAUAGUAAUACAACUGACAUCAAUUAAACCUACAAGCAAUUUGCAAUCGACAAAAUUGUACUCAUUGUAUAAGUGAAUGUUUUUAGAUUGGAGAAGAUUUGGUAAACAGUAGAAGCCUUGCUAUUAUGUUUAUGCUAAUCUAAAUCAUAGGAAAUGAGACUUUACUCUUUGAAUAGUUUGAAGAGCAUCAUUUGUUAAUGCUUUAAUAACAAAUAUCUAAAAAUUGAUCUAUUCAAUGCUAUGUAUGAAUUGAUAAAUUCGAGGUUUGAUGAUGUGGUUGAAUAUAUAAUGAACCUGUUGUAUUUGUUAAUAAAGGAAUAGCAAAUAUCUGAUACAUUGUACAUUGAUUUAAUUAAGGUGUUUGAAACAUUAUUGAAUGAAAAGGAAGAAUUUAUACACUUAUUAUUAUGUUUGAAUUGUUUGAGUGAACUAAUCUUUAAUUAAUUAGACUAAUUAAAUGAUUAAUGUUUGAUGAGAAUGGCAAGUAUUUGUGUGUAUCUCACAAAGUAUUUGUCGAAAUAAUACUAAAAUGAAAUCAAACAUAAAAUCAUUUGUAUGUUAUGGCAGUUAUAAUUAAAAUCAAUUUAGCAUAAAAUAAACAAUCCUGGUCUAUGGAAUAUGUCCUUAAAAUUAAUCAAAGACACUAUGGAUAAUUAAGAUGAUUUAAAAUUUGCAGCUUUGCACAUUGCUUCUUAGUUAUGUUUGAAUUCAUAAAAUGAAUAAUUUAAUGAAAUCUAUGAAUUAUUUGAAGAGUUAAUGAAUAAUUGUAUAGUUCAAUAUUUAAGGAUAGAAUUCUAAUAAAUCAGUUUAUUUAGCACCACUCCUAGAUUUAAUCAUAAUAAUUUAAUUGAGACUCCUAAAUUUUAAAUUUAAUCAAUAAAAUUUGAUAAGCAAACAGUAAAUGAAUAAUACAAACAAUCACUGGAGAUUUUGAAAUUAUGCAUCUCUCUUUGGGCUGAAAUAGUCAUUUAGAAGGAAAAAUAUGAUAAAUUCUAUUACCACAUCCAGUCUUUUAACUAAGCACAAUUAGUUUAUAUCAAGCAUGAAAUAAUUAUGGCGCUGUCAAAAAUUUUGGAGCAUACAACCUAACAAAUAGAAAUAUCAUUGGAUAUUCUCAAUUCCUUAUUGGAUAAUGAUUAAAUUGACACCCAAUAUUUUAUAGAUAAUGACACAUUUCAUUAUAUUUGUUAAAUAUUGAGUAGAGGAUUUGGAAGCCAAUAACAAAAGUCAUUUAUUAUAAGUUCCAAAUUGAUGGCCUUAGUAUGUAAUGAAAAUUAUCUAUUUGAUAAUUCGAUUUUAAAAUCGUAUGUCUCGCAAUGUUUACCUGGAUAUGAUGUUUCAGAAGAAGAUGCUCUUAAGUGGUUAAAUUUUAUAUCAGAGUAAUUCUCCUCAAUAGGAGUUCAAUUAAGAUUUCACAAACUAUUAGAAAUGCUCUGCACUUCCUAUGAUAUCAUUAUUAGAUAGAAAUUGACGGAGAGAAUGGUUGAACCAACAGUAAAAUUCAUUAGAUCCCUCAUAAUCUAAUUAAAUGUAACUAUUAUUAUUAUUUUAAAUAGAAAUGCUAAAGAUUUUUAAAUGAUAAUUCCGAAAGACUAUAAAUAACAUUUAUCAAUAAGAUUAAAUAGUUGAUUUCUUAAAUAAUUACAUUCUUAAAAUAAGAUGUGUUAAGAUAAAUAGUGGAACCUAUUCUAAUGUAGAAUAAGAAGAUUUAUGAGUGGGUUCAAUAUUUUUUAUCCCUUCAAUACAAUGAAGAAUAAGAGAUGGUCAUUGUCGAAUUAAUAACAACGUUUUACAUAAAUUAGAUAAUUACAAAGGAAAAUAUAUCAUAAUAAACAACAAUAAUAAACAUUAUAAGUCUAUUUUAAAACAAUAAUAAUCUGAACAAUAAGAUUUUAGAGACUAUCAAACCUACUUUGUUGUCCUCUAUAUAUUCUAAUUUAGCUUAAUUUAUAGAGGAAACAGAAAGAAAAAAUGAGGAAAUUCAUAAUAUGGGUUUAAUGCUUGAUUUUUUGUAUUUUCAAGAGUAGAUAUUGCGCCCAGGAAUUCUGCAAUUUAUAAAAUGUGAAUAUUUGGAUUUGAGAUUAAAGAUUGUACAAUUGCUUAAGAAGUUUAAGCCUUAGUGA